AUUGUAAGUCAUUCUUCGUUCAGAAGACGAUCAGUCAAGUCAAGUGUGAAUCUGUCAUUGUCUUCUUCUUCUUCUGGACGUAUCUCACAUUGUCUCACUUUCCCCAACUUUCUCAACAUCCUACUGUCCUAAAUAUCUCAAAAAAGACCAUCUCUCAUCACUUUUUUUCUCAUUGUCCACGUCAAAUUGUUACUUAUCGUCAUCCAGUGGUUGGUGGUGUCAAGUCAAGUCGCGUCUUAAUAAUUUAUCGUCUCUAAUUGUCCCCAGUCUUGAGUCGAGUCUAAAUUAUCACGAAAAGGAAGAAAUAUGAUGACCGGAAAUGGAGAAUCGAUGCCUGAUUGUGACGCGAUUAAAAUGUUUGUGGGGCAAAUACCCAAAUCCUGGACGGAGAAUGAUGUUCGAAUUCACUUUCAAGAAUUUGGACAAAUCUUUCUGGUCAACGUGUUGAGGGAUAAAAUUACCAAGCAGAGUCGGGGCUGCUGCUUCAUCACAUAUUUUAAAAGAAAAUCGGCACUGGACGCGCAAAAUGCUUGUCAUAAUUUGAAAACUUUGCCGGGGAUGAACCACCCACUGCAAAUAAAACCAGCGGACAAUGAGAAUCGUGCCGAGAGGAAGAUAUUUGUUGGAAUGAUCUGCAAAAAAGUUACAGAGAUGGACCUUCGCACAAUGUUUUGCAGAUUUGGGCUAAUCGAAGAAUGUUCAAUCCUGAGGGAUGGAAACGGCAUGAGUCGUGGGUGCGGAUUUGUUACUUUCUCUUCAAAAGCAUGUGCUCUGAGUGCUAUCAAAGGAAUGCAUCAUUCCACCACGAUGGAUGGUUGUUCCUCUCCGAUUGUUGUAAAAUUUGCUGAUGUUCAACGAGACAAAGUUACAAAAGAUGCGAUCGCCUUGCUUACAACGUUGUCUGACCAAUCCUCGUCGCAGAAAUCGCAAUAUUUGCCAGUCCUGCACCUUCUCCAGCAAGGAAGUUGUGCCAAUAUUUUAGCCCAAGCUAGUUCUCCUUACGGUACAAUGUCGUCCUCCGUUGUUGGGUCGGUGGGUGGAUCAUUUCAUCAUCAAAGUCCCCCCACAGCGACGGACAUGGCCACGUUGACGUAUCUCGCCAAUCUUGCUUCUGCUUCUUCCACGGCUAGUCAGCAAAAUUGUGGAAAUAAUGGAAAUACUAGCCCCACAGGGAGUAGGUCGGGUUCAGGAUUCACCUAUAAUUUUCCGGCUCAAUUAGAAGGACCAGUUGAUUCGAAUCUUUUCGUAUAUCACUUGCCUCAAGAAUUCUCCGACAGUGACAUGAUCCAAGCAUUCCUUCCAUUUGGGACAAUACUUUCAGCAAAAGUUUUCAUCGAUAAAGCGACCAAUUUAUCAAAAUGUUUUGGCUUCGUUUCAUAUGAUAAUCAAAUUAGUGCACAUUUAGCCAUCUCGGCUAUGAAUGGAUUUCAAAUUGGACCAAAACGGUUGAAAGUUCAACUCAAAAGGGCGAAAGAUAAACCAUAUUAAAUUCAACGAAGUUAACUGUAGACGAAAUAUUGACUGAUUUAAUUAUUUUAGUUAUGCAAAAGAAUUUGUAAUGUAAAGAUCAUAUAUGAAAACUUUUUAGACUCAUAUUACUUUAUUUAUACGUUCGAAAGUCGUUAUCAUAGCCGGUAAUUCAUUAAAAGCAAUUUAUCUAAA